CGGCAUUUACGAAACGCGCAUAUGGUUUGCCGUAUACUGCCGCUCAGAGGUCGAGCACCACGUGUAGAUUCAUUAGUGUGAUGUGAAAAAAAUACUAUUAUUAUUAUCGCUUUAAAAUAACGAAUUUGGGGUUUAAGAGAUCUACUACUGUCAUCUGUUUCAACAGGCUGAUUUAUUAUUUAUACACAUAACGCCCGCUAAUCGUCAGCUGAUCUGCAUAUGAACGGCAGUAUGAAGUAUAUUCUUGUGACGGGCGGUGUAAUCUCAGGUAUUGGGAAGGGCAUUAUAGCCAGCAGUGUGGGCACCAUUCUCAAGUCCUGUGGACUACACGUCACAGCCAUCAAGAUCGACCCAUACAUUAACAUAGACGCAGGGACCUUCUCUCCUUAUGAGCAUGGUGAGGUGUUUGUGUUGGAUGAUGGAGGAGAAGUUGAUCUGGAUCUGGGAAACUAUGAGCGCUUUCUGGACAUCCGGCUCACCAAAGACAACAACCUGACCACCGGCAAAAUCUACCAGUCAGUUAUUAACAAAGAGCGUAGAGGAGAUUACCUGGGCAAAACCGUACAGGUGGUGCCACACAUAACUGAUGCUAUUCAGGAGUGGGUGAUGCGUCAAGCAAAAGUUCCUGUUGAUGAUGACAAUGUUGAGCCGCAAGUGUGUGUCAUUGAGUUGGGCGGUACAGUAGGAGACAUCGAGAGCAUGCCUUUCAUCGAGGCCUUCAGACAGUUCCAGUUUAAAGUGAAGAGAGAGAAUUUCUGUAAUAUUCACGUCAGUCUGGUGCCACAGCCCAGUGCGACAGGAGAACAGAAGACCAAACCAACUCAGAACAGUGUGAGAGAGCUCCGAGGACUGGGACUGUCACCUGACCUGAUAAUGUGUCGAUGCUCCACUCCACUGGAAAACUCUGUUAAAGAGAAGAUAUCCAUGUUCUGUCAUGUGGAACCUGAACAGGUGAUCUGUGUCCAUGAUGUCUCAUCCAUCUACAGAGUGCCUCUGCUCUUAGAGGACCAGGGUGUUGUGGGAUACUUCUGUCGCAGACUGGACCUGCCCAUCGAAACCAGACCCAGAAAAAUGCUCAAGAAGUGGAAGGAGAUGUCAGACAGAUCAGACAGGUUGUUGGAGCAAUGCUCUAUUGCUCUGGUGGGGAAGUACACCAAGUUCUCAGACUCUUACGCUUCUGUGAUCAAAGCCCUGGAGCACUCCGCACUCGCCAUCAGCCACAAACUAGAAGUCAAGUAUAUUGACUCUGCAGAUUUGGAGCCCAAUAGAUUACAGGAAGAGCCAGUGAAGUAUCAUGAAGCCUGGCAGAAGCUGUGCAGUGCAGAUGGUAUUUUAGUGCCAGGAGGUUUUGGAGUGAGAGGGACCGAGGGCAAGAUUCAUGCCAUAAACUGGGCCAGAAAACAAAAGAAACCUUUCCUGGGUGUGUGUUUAGGAAUGCAGCUAGCCGUGUGUGAAUUUGCUAGGAACGUGUUGGGGUGGACAGAUGCUAACUCUACAGAAUUUGACCCAGAAUCAAAGCAUCCUGUGGUGAUUGACAUGCCAGAGCACAAUCCAGGGCAAAUGGGUGGAACUAUGCGGUUGGGAAAGAGGCGGACCGUUUUCAAGACCAAUAAUAGCAUACUUAGAAAGCUUUAUGUUGAUGUAGACUAUGUAGAUGAAAGACACAGGCAUCGUUUUGAGGUGAAUCCAGAGCUAAAGCAGAACUUUGAGGAGAAGGGCUUCAGGUUUGUGGGUGAGGACGUGGAGGGAGAGAGGAUGGAGGUCAUUGAGCUGGACGAUCACCCAUAUUUUGUUGGCGUUCAGUAUCAUCCAGAGUUCACGUCCAGACCAAUUAAACCUUCUCCGCCGUACUUUGGCUUGCUAUUGGCUGCUGCUGGGAGACUUUCAGGUUACCUUCAGAAAGGCUGUCAGCUUUCACCAAGAGAUACAUACAGUGAUGGGAGUGGCAGCACUUCUCCGGAUUCAGAGAUUGCAGACUUCAAACUACCCUCAAUUCAUGACUAAAGCAGUGAAUUGUGUAAUUAAAGAUGCAUGUGAUCCUCCUAGACAUAGUUUUGUUUCAUUGUAUCAAGGGGAGACUGAGUAUAUGGAUGUGUGCGAUUUAUAGCAAGUGUCAGUAAUGAACAGCCUUUAAUGUAGCAACUGUUUUUAAAGACAUCAGGGAUAUGAUAGACUUUGCAAUACUAAAAUGCAGUCAGAUUCUGUACUACAACUAUUUGUAGUAUUUAAAUAAAGUA